GGAUUGGGCUGGAGCCGCCCCCCCCGCCCGCGGCGGCCCCUAGGCAGCGGCUCUUGGGGGGCAGAGGACGCGGUCGGGCGGCGCGGGGAGGAGGCGGGACGGCUCCCGAGUAGCUCCUGCGGGACCGGACGGCCCGGGCCGAGCCGGGCUCCAGGCGCCGAGGCGGAGGAAGAAGGAACGAUGGCUUUGGACGGUAUAAGGAUGCCAGAUGGCUGCUAUGCAGAUGGGACGUGGGAGUUAAAUGUCCAUGUGACGGACUUGAACAGAGAUGUUACCCUGAGAGUCACAGGGGAGGUGCACAUUGGAGGGGUAAUGCUGAAGUUGGUGGAAAAACUUGAUGUCAAGAAAGAUUGGUCAGAUCAUGCACUAUGGUGGGAAAAGAAGAGAACCUGGCUCCUUAAAACUCACUGGACCUUGGAUAAGUAUGGCAUACAAGCUGAUGCUAAGCUCCAGUUCACUCCUCAACACAAGUUACUCCGCCUUCAGCUUCCGAAUAUGAAGUACGUGAAGGUGAAAGUGAACUUCUCUGAUAGAGUCUUCAAAGCUGUCUCUGACAUCUGUAAGACGUUCAACAUCAGACAUCCAGAAGAACUCUCUCUCUUGAGGAAACCCAGGGAUCCAACAAAGAAGAAAAAGAGAAAGAUAGAUGACCAAAGUGAAGAUGAGGCGCUUGAACUGGAGGGACCAUUAAUCACUCCAGGAUCAGGCACUGAUGUUCUUUACAUCGGCCCAGUGAAAGGAAGCAUAUAUUCAAGUCCAGGACUUUAUAGCAAAACCAUGACGCCCACCUAUGAUUCUCAUGAUGGAAGCCCUCUGUCUCCAACUUCAGCUUGGUUUGGAGAUAGUGCUUUAUCAGAAGGGAAUCCUGGUAUACUUGCUGUCAGCCAGCCAAUUACAUCCCCAGAAAUCUUAGCAAAAAUGUACAAGCCACAAGCACUUCUCGAUAAAGCCAAGAUCAACCAAGGAUGGCUGGAUUCAUCAAGAUCGCUCAUGGAACAAGAUGUGAAAGAAAAUGAGGCCUUACUGCUCCGGUUCAAGUACUACAACUUUUUUGACUUGAAUCCAAAGUACGAUGCAAUCAGAAUCAACCAGCUUUAUGAGCAAUCUAAAUGGGCUAUUCUUUUAGAAGAAAUAGAAUGUACGGAAGAAGAAAUGAUGAUGUUCGCAGCAUUGCAGUACCACAUCAACAAACUAUCAAUCAUGUCAUCAGAAAAUCACUUGAACAACAGUGACAAAGAAGUUGAUGAAGUUGACGCUGCCCUGUCUGAUUUGGAAAUUACUUUAGAAGGUGGUAAAACAUCAACAAUUUUGGGUGACAUCACUUCGAUUCCUGAGCUUGCUGACUACAUUAAAGUGUUCAAGCCUAAGAAACUGACGCUAAAAGGUUACAAGCAAUACUGGUGCACCUUCAAAGAUACAUCCAUUUCCUGCUAUAAAAGCAAAGAUGAAUCCAGUGGGACUCCAGCUCACCAAAUGAACUUAAGAGGGUGCGAGGUUACUCCUGAUGUAAACAUCUCUGGUCAGAAGUUUAAUAUCAAACUUCUGAUUCCAGUUGCAGAUGGUAUGAAUGAAAUCUGGCUUCGCUGUGAUAAUGAGAAGCAGUAUGCACACUGGAUGGCAGCCUGCAGGCUAGCUUCCAAGGGCAAGACCAUGGCGGACAGCUCGUACAACUUAGAAGUUCAGAAUAUUCUGUCAUUUUUGAAGAUGCAGCAUUUGAACCCAGAUCCACAGUUAAUCCCAGAACAAGUCACAACUGACAUUAAUCCAGAAUGUCUGGUUUCACCUCGCUACCUGAAAAAGUACAAGAACAAACAGCCAGGCUAUAUAAGAGACUUGAUCACAGCCAGGAUAUUGGAGGCCCAUCAGAAUGUAGCUCAGAUGAGUCUAAUUGAAGCCAAGAUGCGAUUUAUUCAAGCUUGGCAGUCUCUACCUGAAUUUGGCAUCACACACUUUAUUGCAAGAUUCCAAGGGGGCAAGAAAGAAGAGCUGAUUGGAAUUGCGUACAACAGACUGAUCAGAAUGGAUGCAAGCACAGGAGAUGCAAUUAAAACGUGGCGAUUCAGCAACAUGAAACAGUGGAAUGUAAACUGGGAAAUAAAAAUGGUAACCGUAGAGUUUGCAGAUGAUGUAAGAGUGUCCUUCAUUUGCACGGAGGUGGAUUGCAAAGUGGUUCAUGAAUUCAUUGGUGGCUACAUCUUCUUGUCAACGCGAGCAAAAGACCAGAAUGAAAGUUUAGACGAAGAGAUGUUCUACAAACUUACCAGUGGUUGGGUGUGAGUUUGAUGUACUGUAUACUGAGAGAAACCCCAUGGCCAUAUUAAUAUUUAACUUUUAAAAGCUGUUAUUUGAAAUAUGCUGCUUAAUAAAGUAAGCUUGAAAUGUA